UGGAACGCAGAGUCCGGUCCGGACCUAAUAAUAUUCCCUGAACACACCCAGCAGUGUCACGACAGCCAAACCCUGCCCCAACAGCACGACGAUCAUGGCCAAGAAGCCGAUGAAAAAGCGGCCUCCUCCACCUCCACCGUCCUUCAGCACCUCAUCGGACGAGGAGGCUCCUUCUCCAUCGAUUUUUCUUGUGAAGAAGCUCACCGCUAGCACCUCUUUAAAACCCGCCGAUGGUGAACAAGAGGAGGAAUCAUUUGAGGAUUCCAAGUAUGCCGCUCCAAAACGCAGCCAUCAGGCAGCGCCACAAGUUUCUCGCAACACCGCAAAUGACCUAAAAUUAGAGAAGCCCUCGGCAGCGAACAAAACAGCAAGAACCGUGAGCUUGGCCGAGGACGAUGAAUCAUCUGAGGGUGAAGAAGAAGAGUCCACGGAUGAGGAAUCAUCCGAGGAUUCCGAAAAUGCUGUUCGAGAACCCAACCCUCAAACACAGCGACGAGAUUCCCAAACCGCUAAUGAUGGUAAGCAUGAACUUUCCAACACCUCUUCGUCAUCCGAUUCAGGCGCAGAGGACGGAGAAGAAGACAGCAAGGAGUUAAAUUCCAGAUUUAAAUUGGAGCAGCUGCUGCCUCCCCCUCCACCCAAACCAGCUAGAAACGCUGUAAAUCCAGUUGUUGAUCCUCUAUUGAAGAAACCCAAUUCCGAAAAAUCUGUUGAUGGUGGAGAAGAUGACAAGGGCCUUGAGAGUGAAGAAGAAGAAGAAGAAGAAGAAUCCACAGCAAAUGAAUCAUCUGAGGGUUUUGGGAAUACCAUGGCAAAAGAAAAUGCUGGGCCGCAGCAGCCGCGAGACUCUCAAAACUUGUAUGAUGAUAAGCAAGCUUCCGACACCCCUUCCUCCUCUGGUUCAGGCUUAGGAGAUGAUGAAGAAGAUAUUGAAACCCCAAUUUCUGACGCCUUGUUGGUGCCGCUCAGUUGCAAACCCGUAGACAGCUCUGUGCAGCCUGCAGAGAAGGAACCCAAUUCUGGGAAACAAUCUGCCGCCUCCGCUACCCAAAUUUCAAAGAAAAAGAGGACUGCAGAUAUAGUUGGAGUAGUGGGAGAUCAAGAAAAGGAGCAUUUCAGGAGGAUUUGGAGCAAUGAAGAUGAGCUAGCCUUGCUGCAAGGCAUUAUGGAAUACAAAGAGCAACAUCGUAUCAUCCCGUAUACUCAUACGCAUGCGGAGUCCCUUCUAAAAUCUGUGAAGGAUUUAUUAUCCAUCUCUGUCUCUGUGAACCAGAUAAAUAAUAAGGUCCGCAGGUUGAAGAGGAGAUAUAUAAAUACUUCUAUCAGACAAAAUCUUGCUAAAAAAUCAAAAUUUUCAGAUCCUCACAAUGCUGCUGCUUUUGAUCUGUCGAAGAAGAUAUGGGAUUCUCUCAAGGAGGAAUCUAUUUUUCUUGAGAAGAAGAUCAUGCUAGAGAAAAAGGAGAACUUUAAUAAGAAGAAAGUAGGGUUAAAGCAUAUUGAAGAGGAAUAUCCUUCUCUGAAUUGGCAUUUGAGGAAUGAGCAUGCGAAUAAUGCACUGCUAUUGCAAAAAAAUAUGCCUAUUGCAAACGCAAAAAAGUGGGAGGAAAGGUGUAAGAAGUUGGAAAUGAUAGAUUUUGAGCUGAACAUGCAAAAAAUAGAGUUCUUAUCUGCAGCAGUGAAGCUAAUCAAGGACGCCCUUGCCAAGUGUUGACAAUGGUGGUAUCAUACGUCUUUUUUACUCUUUUUUUUUUUUUUGUAUCUUUUGAUCUGGUAAAGGUUAAUUUUUUAUCUUUAUCGCUCCUAUUCAGAAAAAAUUAGAGUUUUACUUGUAUUAGUGUUAGAUUUGAUUGAUUUCUCUGCUCUCCUAGUAAUUAUAACUGUGUACCAUCAUAGCAUCCAACAUUCUAGGUUCUAGGUAAUUAUAAAGAUAAUUAUGAUGCUUAGAAUAACAUCUUUGAGAGUAUACCUAUUCAAUUUGAAGAUAUAAGGACUAAAGUGUAAGGAAAAGUGAGAGGAGGCAUGUAGACAAAAGAUGGAGCACUCUCGUUCGGAAGACUUGUAAUUCUGUUCAUUUUCUCUUAGUUAAAUGUUAUACGUGGAGCACUUGGUUCUACA